AGGCCCUAGAGCGGAGGGUUCCUACUGCGGCUGGGCACCGGCUCCGCUCCCGCGUCUGCCCGCGCUCCAGCUGCGCCCGGCCUGGCCCCGGCCCGGCACGGCGCGGCCCCGGCCUCCGAGCGAAGGCGCCGCUGCCGCUGGGCCGCUCCCAGGGCCAUGAGGAAGCGGCGGCAGCCACCGCGGCCCGCGUCAAGGUGACCGGCCGGGACUGCGGCGGCGGGGAGAGCGGCGGACUUCUCCAGACAGGUUAUGUUACCUGCAGAGGCUGCCCUGAAGCUCCCUGUGGCCUGGAGACUAUGUACAAGAGGAAUGGUCUGAUGGCUAGCGUGUUGGUCACCUCUGCCACUCCACAGGGCAGCAGCAGCUCGGACUCUCUGGAGGGCCAGAGCUGCGACUAUGCCAGCAAGAGCUAUGAUGCCGUUGUCUUCGAUGUCUUGAAAGUGACCCCAGAGGAGUUUGCCAGCCAGAUUACAUUAAUGGAUAUACCUGUGUUUAAAGCUAUCCAGCCGGAGAAAGGCUGGCCUGCCAGAAUGGAAGACUCCUUGCAGAAGUCCACAGUUUCCUCCAGGCCACAUGACACGUUGCAGUUCAGGAAAACACUGCCUGUGGGUCCAGGAACCUGACCCUCUGGCCUUUUGUCUGGAUGCCGUUUGCCUGCUCUGAAGAAGCGGGCAUUCCAGAAAGCCGAGGUCAAUGUUGGACGUCAGACAAACCCUGUGUGUCUUUGCUGCUCCUUGGAAUCAGUGUUUGGCCCUCGGAGAGGGAAUAACGUGGCCAGCAGGCAGUCAUUUGUAAAGUGGAAAUUGGUUUCGCUGACAUCAUUAAAACCCCUCUCUCAGGUCACAUGCUGGGCAGUUUUCUCAGACCAUCUCUCUCUGCUACACCAGCCUAGUCUAAUCCACUGCCACCCCUCCUCUGAAUGAUGGCAGCAGCCUUUUCAUGUCUCCUCACAUUGAGUUCCAUCCCCCAGCCUCCUCUUUGGAACCAGAGACAUCUUUCUAAAGCCAAAGUCUGACCAUGUCCCUGCCCUGCUUAGAGCCCUCUGUGGCUCCCUACUGCUCCUAGGAUGCAGAUCCGCCUUCAUGCAGCCUCCCAGGCUCUGUGAAAUAGGCCAGCAGCAGACCUCCCGACUCUCUCCUGCUCCAGUUCACCACUUUGUGUGCACACCACAGCCUCCCUGGUGUUCACUCCUGUCUCAGCACCUCUGCACAGGUUGUGCCCUCUGCCUGGAAUGCUCUGCUCUGCCUCCGGGAGAUGAUGAGCAGUCAGAGCUCUGAGGUAGUGCUCCUCCUUCUCAUGCUCCCUCUCAUAGCCGCCUCAUACUUCUUACAUAUGGCACUUUUCACCCUCAUACUGAAAUAUUACGACUUUUAAAAGUUUGAAUUAUGAAUUCAAAGUCUGUCUCCCUCCUGGUUUGUGAACUCCAGGAAUGCAGAGAUCAUGCCAGUACUCUUCAUCCCUGACUCCUGUGAUCUAAUGCAGUGCCUGAUGUUGUUUGUUAUUUGUCGAAUACAUUUAGGAUGUAGCAGUAGUAAUAAUACUAAAAUCCCUUAAAUCCUUUCCACUUCUAUGCUAUCUGCCUCUCUUUGUUCAAAAAACUGGAUUAGGUAGUAGGGGCAGUCUUGGUGUCCACAAGUUGGGGCCAAGGCAUAGAAAGGAUGGCUCCCAGCAUAAGACUCAUUAGAGCUAUUGUUACUUAGCACCCAAAGGCUAAACAGCUGUCUAAUUUGUUACCGCUCUGAGUUCACAUUUGUUAUUUGCGCAUUUUCUAGGAAUUGGUCUGUUUUAACAGUUUCUUGUCACAAUGGAAACAGAGUAGAAAAGGAAUUCCCCCAACUCCAUUCAUUUCAUGGUGGAGAUAAAAGUAGGGGCUGGAGUUCCUCUCUGAGCUGCAGGACAAGACCUGCCUGAAGGGUGGGGAGAGGCUACUGGGGCAGGAGUCUGAACUGGCUGCACACACAGGCCAGCAGCACAUUUGGUCCAACACUUUGCAACUUUGAGACUCAUUUUUUUUUUUCCUUCUUGAGCAUGGAUAUGACAUUAGUAUUGGUUAGAAACCAAAUUUCCUUUUAAGUGAAUAAAUAACACAAAACAGAGCCUUUGGUGAACAGCUGUUUUCAUCCAUGGGGACUUGGCGCCUGGUUGGGAUUUUUGUCUGCAAGGAAAAGAGGGUUUGUUUGAACUCUUGUCAUAGGAACAACUGCAUGAUCCCAGGAAGUUUGGGGUAGUGAGAGGAUCAUAAGUUUUGGAGGCAGGAAGGUCUGCAUUUGAAACUUGGCUCUGCUACUCUGUAGCUGUGUGAUCAUAGGCAAGUUCUCUCAUCUUUCUGUGUCUCUGUUUUCUUCUCUGUAAAGUGGAAAUGAUACCCAUCUCAUAGUGUUAUGAUGGUUAAGAAGAUUGUGUAAGAGGGGGCCUAGAAUGGGCCUUGCACAUGGCAGAAACUCACAAAUUGUUUCUUAAUUUUUGAGAGAAGUCAGGGAUGUAAUAAGGAGAAAAGCAAUAGGCAGCGCUAAUAAGUCAAGCUGAGAAGGGCUCUGGGCUCAGCAGUAUGUAAAGCUUCCCAAGGGUAGGACCUCAUCUGUCAUUGCUGUAUCCCUUAUGGCAAGCAGUGAGUAAGCAGUGUCUGGUACAUGACAGGAUCAAUACUUGUCAAUACUUGUUUGAUGAAUGACAGGUGUGUAGAAAAGCAUUUCCACCUGUAUGGCUUAAAGCUUAAGAGCUUGGGCUCUAGAGAGAGAAGGACCUGGCUUUCUAUCUCUGUGACCAUGGUCAAGUCACUUAGCCUCUCUGAGUCUCAGUUUCUGUAUCAGUAAAAUGGAAAUUAUAAUAUGACUACCUCAAAAGAAUUGGACAUGAGGACAGCAUGAGAUUAUUUUCAGUGUUAUUGAGGUAUAAUUUACAUAUCAUAAACUAUGCAUACUAAAGUCAACAAUUUGAUAUGUAUGUAUCUGUAAAACCAUCACCAUCUCAAUAUAAUGAACAUACCCGUCACCCCCAAAAUUUUUUAAUACCUCUUUGCAAUCCCUUCCUCCUCUUCCACUCCUUCCACUGUUCUUGAAAUUAGGUAGUGUACAUCCUUAAAGUUUGUUACUCUGUUUCAAAAUUGUUCUGACUAUUCUAAUCCUUGGCAUUUCAAUAUGCAUUUUAGGAUCAACUUGUUAAGUUUUACCAAAGAAGUCUGCUGGGAUUUUGAUUGUGAUUGUGUUGAAUCUGUAGAUCCAUUUGGGGAGAAUUGACAGUUUAAUGAUAUUGCAUCACCUGAACUAUGAAACACAAUGUAACUCCAUGUAUUAAGGACUCAUAACACAGUAUAUCACCUCAUGUAUGUAGGUCUUCUCUAAUUUAUUUUAGUAAUGUUGUAUAGUUUGCAUUGUAUAGGCCUUAUACAUCUUUUGCCAAAUAUAUGUAGGAUUUUCUACACAGAUGAUGAUGCCUCUGUGAAUAAUGACAGUCUUGUUUCUUUCUGAACUGGAUGCUAUUGUUUCUUUUUCUUGCCUUGUUGUAUGGGCUACAGCCUCUAGUACAGUGUUGGGUAGAAGUGGUGAGUGCAGAUAUUCUUGGCGUGGUCCUGAUCUUAGAAGAAAAGUGGUCUUUACUCAUUAAGGAUGAUGUUUGCUGUUAGCAGUAAGUUUUUUCAUAGAGGUCUUUUUAUCAGGUUGAGGAAAUUUCCUUGUAUUCCUAAUUUACUAAGAGUUUAGUCUGGAAUGGGUAUUUGAGUUUUAUCAAAUGCUUUUCCUGCAUCUAUUGACAUAAUCAUAUGGUUUUUCUUUUUCAGUCUGUUACUUUAGAGAAUUACAUUGAUUGAUUUUUGACUAUUAAACCAACCUUGUAUUGCUGUGGUAAACCCCACUUGGUUGUGAUGAAUUAUCUUUUUUGUAUAUUGUUGGAUUUGAUUUGUUAAAAUUGCGUUUAGAAUUUCUGCAUCUGUGUUCAUAAUGGGGAAUAUUGAUCCAUAUUUUUCUUUUCCUGUAAAGUUUUUGUCUGGUUUUGGUAUCAGCAUAAUGCUGCCCUCACAAAAUGAGUUGAGAAGUAUUCCUUCCUUUUCAGUUUUCAAGAAGAGUUUGUAUAGAAUUAGUAUGAGUCUUUCUUAAAUAUUUGGUAGAUAUCACCAGUAGAGCCACCUAGGUCUGGAGUUUUCUCUGUGGAAAGUUUUUUUUUUUUUUCUUUUAAAUAGAGUUUAUUUUUAAUAACAGUUUUAGAGUAAAAAGCUUCCACUUUAGCUCCGGUCUACAGCUCCCAGCGUGAGCAACGCAGAAGACGAGUGAUUUCUGCAUUUCCAAUUGAGCUUUGAAGAAAGUAGUGGUUCUCCCAGCAUGCAGCUUGAGAUCUGAGAACGGGCAGACUGGCUCCUCAAGUGGGUCCCUGACCCCCGAGUAGCCUAACUGGGAGGCACCCCACAGUAGGGGCGGACUGACACCUCACAAGGCUGAGCACUCCUCUGAGACAAAACUUCCAGAGGAACGAUCAGGCAGCAGCGUUUGCGGUUCACCAAUAUCUGCUGUUCUGCAGCCACCACUGCUGAAACCCAGGCAAACAGGGUCUAGCGUGGACCUCUAGCAAACUCCAACAGACCUGCAGCUGAGGGUCCUGUCUGUUAGCAGGAAAACUAACAAACAGAAAGAACAUCCACACCAAAAACCCAUCUGUACGUCACCAUCAUCAAAGACCAAAGGUAGAUAAAACCACAAAGAUGGGAAAAAAACAGAGCAGAAAAACUGGAAACUCUAAAAAAUCAGAGCGCCUCUCCUUCUCCAAAGGAACACAGCUCCUCACCAGCAACGGAACAAAGCUGGACAGAGAAUGACUUUGACGAGUUGAGAGAAGAAGGCGUCAGACGGUCAAACUACUCCAAGCUACAGGAGGAAAUUUGAACCAAUGGCAAAGAAGUUAAAAGCUUUGAAAAAAAAUUAGACGAAUGGAUAACUAGAAUAACCAAUGCAGAGAAGUCCUUAAAGGACCUGAUGGAGCUGAAAACCAAGGCACGAGAGCUAUGUGAUGAAUGCAGAAGCCUCAGUAGCUGAUGUGAUCAACUGAAAGAAACAGUAUCAGUGAUGGAAGACGAAAUGAAUGAAAUGAAGCGAGAAGAGAAGUUUAGAGAAAAAAGAAUAAAAAUAAAUGAACAAAGCCUCCAAGAAACAUGGGACUAUGUGAAAAGACCAAAUCUACGUCUGAUUGGUGUACCUGAAAGUGACAGGGAGAAUGGAACCAAGUUGGAAAACACUCUGCAGGAUAUUAUCCAGGAGAACUUCCCCAAUCUAGCAAGACAGGCCAACAUUCAAAUUCAGGAAAUACAGAGAACGCCACAAAGAUACUCCUCGAGAAGAGCAACUCCAAGACACAUAAUUGUCAGAUUCACCAAAGUUGAAAUAAAGGAAAAAAUGUUAAGGGCAGCCAGAGAGAAAGGUCGGAUUACCCACAAAGGGAAGCCCAUCAGACUUACAGCUGAUCUCUCAGCAGAAACUCUACAAGCCAGAAGAGAGUGGGGACCAAUAUUCAACGUUCUUAAAGAAAAGAAUUUUCAACCCAGAAUUUCAUAUCCAGCCAAACUAAGCUUCAUAAGUGAAGGAGAAAUAAAAUCCUUUACAGACAAGCAAAUGCUGAGAGAUUUUGUCACCACCAGGCCUGUCCUAGAAGAGCUCCUGAAGGAAGCACUAAACAUGGAAAGGAACAACCAGUACCACCCACUGCAAAAACAUGCCAAAUUGUAAAGACCGUCAAGGCUAGGAAGAAACUGCAUCAACUAACGAGCAAAAUAACCAGCUAACAUCAUAAUGACAGGAUCAAAUUCACACAUAACAAUAUUAACUUUAAAUGUAAAUGGGCUAAAUGCUCCAAUUAAAAGACACAGACUGGCAAAUUGGAUAAAGAGUCAAGACCCAUCGGUGUGCUGUAUUCAGGAAACCCAUCUCACGUGCAGAGACACACAUAGGCUCAAAGUAAAGGGAUGGAGGAAGAUCUACCAAGCAAAUGGAAAACAAAAAAAGGCAGGGUUGCAAUCCUAGUCUCCGAUAAAACAGACUUUAAACCAACAAAGAUCAAAAGAGACAAAGAAGGCCGUUACAUAAUGGUAAAGGGAUCAAUUCAACAAGAAGAGCUAACUAUCCUAAAUAUAUAUGCACCCAAUACAGGAGCACCCAGAUUCAUAAAGCAAGUCCUUAGUGACCUACAAAGAGACUUAGACUCCCACACAAUAAUAACAGGAGACUUUAACACCCCACGGUCAACAUUAGACAAAUCAACGAGACAGAAAGUUAACAAGGAUACCCAGGAAUUGAACUCAGCUCUGCACCAAGCGGACCUAAUAGACAUCUACAGAACUCUCCACCCCAAAUUAACAGAAUAUACAUUCUUUUCAGCACCACACCACACCUACUCCAAAAUUGACCACAUAGUUGGAAGUAAAGCACUCCUCAGCAAAUGUAAAAGAACAGAAAUUAUAACAAACUGUCUCUCAGACCACAGCGUAAUCAAACUAGAACUCAGGAUUAAGAAACUCACUCAAAACCACUCAACUACGUGGAAACUGAACAACCUGCUCCUGAAUGACUACUGGGUAAAUAAUGGAAUGAAGGCAGAAAUAAAGAUGUUCUUUGAAACCAACGAGAACAAAGACACAACAUACCAGAAUCUCUGGGACACAUUCAAAGCAGUGUGUAGAGGGAAAUUUAUAGCACUGAAUGGCCACAAGAGAAAGCAGGAAAGAUCUAAAAUUGACACCCUAACAUCACAAUUAAAAGAACUAGAAAAGCAAGAGCAAACACAUUCAAAAGCUAGCAGAAGGCAAGAAAUAAGUAAGGUCAGAGCAGAACUGAAGGAAAUAGAGACACGAAAAACCCUUCAAAAAAUCAAUGAAUCCAGGAGCUGGUUUUUUUUUGAAAAGAUCAACAAAAUUGAUAGACCACUAGCAAGACUGAUAAAGAAGAAAAGAGAGAAGAAUCAAAUAGACGCAAUAAAAAAUGAUAAAGGGGAUAUCACCACCGAUCCCACAGAAAUACAAACUACCAUCAGAGAAUA